AUGGUCGAGCUACUAGCCAUCAACCCCAAGAAGGGGGACGAUAAGUUCUAUCGUUACAAGAUGCCCCGCCUCCAAGUCAAGGUCGAGGGCAAGGGCAACGGGAUCAAGACCGUCGUGGUCAACCUGAGCACCAUUGCUCAGUCCCUUGCUCGCCCCGGCGGCCACGUCAUCAAGUGGUUCGGACUGGAUCUGGGUGCCCAGACCAACAUGGACCCUCCGGAUGAUCGCUGGAUCAUAAACGGUGCCCAUGACGGCGAGACCCUCCAGAAGUCUCUCUUCAUCUUCAUUGAGAAGUACGUCCUCUGCGACGACUGCGGCAACCCCGAGACCGACCUGGUCAUCAAGGACGACGUCGUCCGCAAGGACUGCAAGGCCUGCGGUGCUCGCAGCAAGCCCCUGGUUCACACCAACUUGAUCAACUUCAUCAUCAAGAACCAGCCCAAGAAGGGCAAGAAGAACAAGACGACCAAGGCGGAGCGACAGGCCGCCCGUGCUGCCAAGCAGAAGGGCUUGCAGAACGGCGGCAAGGAGAACGGCAAUGCAAGCGGCGACGACAACUCGGAGAACGGCUCCAACGAGAACGGCAACAACUCGGACGACAUCGAUGCCGGCAGCGACGAUGAGUACACCCGUGCUGCUCAGGUCAUCGACGUUCCCAAGGAGGUCAAGGACGACGACUGGGCCGUCGACAUGUCUGAGGAGGCCGUCAAGGCCCGCCAGAACAACUUGCCGACCGAGUUCCGCGACAAGCUCGUCCUGGAAGGUGCCGACGAGGAUGAAGAGGGCGAGGGCGGUGGCAACACCGUCUACGAUGCCUUGGGCAACUGGAUUCUGGAGCAGUCCGAGGCGAAGGGCGUUGACAAGGUCGAAGAUCUCGAGAUCUACAAGAAGGCGAAGGAGCUGGGCAUUGAGACCAAGCACAAGACUGUCUUGAUCCUCGUUCAGACUCUCUUCAACGAGAACAUUGUCGCUCAGAUCCCCAAGCGCGCCGGGUUGAUCAAGCAGUUUAUCAAAGAUCCCGAGAACCCCAGCCAGGUCUCUGAGCGCCACGAGAAGGCUCUUCUCGGCGGCCUUGAACGGUUCCUGGCCAAGGAGGGCAAGCAGCACCCCAAGCUGAUGACUGCCGACGUCAUCUCCAACAAGAUCCUCUACCAGCUCUACGACAACGAGCUGAUUUCUGAGGAGUUUGUGAAGAAGUGGGGUAGCAAGGCCAGCAAGAAGUACACUGACCUGUCCACCUCGCGCGAGAUCCGCCGCGCCGCCGAGCCCUUCAUCAAGUGGCUCGACGAGGCCGACGAGGAGUCUGAGGAGGAGUCGGACUAA